GGGCAUUUUAAAUAUAAAUAAUUUCUUUGCCUACUUUCACACUUCGGCCUCCUCCCCACCCUUGCCUUCUCACAACCACUUCCCAUCUCGCGCACACUUGCCGGCCUCUCCCCCCCAUACAACCUCCUCCAGCCUAUUUUCUAACCUAUCGACUCGACAUCCCUCAUCAUGGCCGACGACGAGCAGCACAAUGUCACCUUCGAGAGCGCCGAUGCUGGCGCCUCCGAGACCUUCCCAAUGCAGUGUUCUGCCCUGCGAAAGAACGGUCACGUCGUCAUCAAGGGCCGUCCCUGCAAGAUUGUUGAGAUGACCACCUCGAAGACCGGAAAGCACGGUCACGCCAAAGUCCACUUGGUCGCCAUCGAUAUCUUCACCGGCAAGAAGCUUGAGGAUCUCUCUCCCUCCACCCACAACAUGGAUGUCCCCAACGUCCGCCGUCAGGAAUACCAGCUGCUGGACAUCAGUGACGACGGUUUCCUUAACUUGAUGAAGGAAGACGGAACUCCCAAGGAUGACGUCAAACUUCCUUCUGGUGAGGUCGGUGAAAAGAUCGAGCGACUCUUCAGAACUGAGGAGAAGGACGUCAGUAAGUAAACCCCCGCUACCUCUUCUAGAUCACAACGGCCUUUUCCUCUAACUGCUUUAUAGGCGUUGUUGUUUUGACUGCCAUGGGUGAGGAGGUCGCUAUGGAUGCAAAGGAAGUUACCCACUAAGUUAGUACGACAAAUCCUGAAUUACCAUUUUAACAUUAUUCUACCUGCUCUUGCUAGAAUUCUGUGUCCAUAAGCCGUUCCAUUAAAAAAUCACCUACGUGGGCGUUAAGCACCCUUGGAGACGGUCAUCUUCUUUGACUUGCUUGCAUCCGCAGAUGGCAGAAAUAGGUCCUAGCAGCUUUUUCUGGGCUAUGUUUUUCUAGUAUACAAGUGGAUGCUCUUCAUGUGUGGCAUUUCCUAAAUGACAGAGUGAUGAUGAAUGAAAAGAUAUACGAUGUCAAAGCAUUUCCUUCGUUGUACAGCCACCCUCUUCUAUAUCUUGUCCCAUUAGAGUACGCCAGAGAAUACCUUGAAAACCAUUGGCUCACGUGCCACUACCAGUAGCUCCUCUCUAGUCAUCGAAUA